AUGAGGAUCUCAAACCAACUGGCCGCAGCGUUCAUCAGCGCCAUGGUCAGCCAGUCAACCGCAACACCAGUCUCUGACACGUCGAUGGGAUCUUUGAUCAGGAACGUGGGCGCUCAGCAAUGCUACUACCCCCCGAACGCUGUGUGCUCCGAGUACAUGAUCCCGCUCAAGAUCACGUCCGAGGAUCUCGUCUUCAACUUCAUCCAGUGGGACAACAACUUCGCGCUCGAGCAAUUCUUUGCCGUGGCCUCUACUCGUGCCGCCGCCGGGUACCCGACGGUCAUUGGCGGCAGCAAGAAUGUCACGCGAGACGUCGAAAUUGCUGCAUCGUUUUGCACGCCGAAGUCUCCCUCUGGCAAAGAGAAGGAAGUCAUCUUGGCCACGCACGGUAUUGCUGCUGGGAGAGAGCAUUGGAACUCCGCAUACAAGCCUGAGACAUACAACUUCGUUCGUAUCCUCUGCCCUUCACAGUUCCAUGGAACGUCUAUGCUAACGCCAUGCAAUCUGCAGGUCCAACACGCAAUCGACGACGGGUACUCUGUCUUCUUCUACGACCGUCUCGGGUGCGGGCUUUCCACUAAGAUCUCUGGAUACGACUCCCAGCUCAGCAAUCAGGUCGUGGUUCUUCGAGAGCUUGCCAGCCUCGUGCGUUCCGGCAAGUACACUGGGAGUGUUGGCGUCCCAGCCAAGCUUGCCUUGAUGGGUUUCUCCUUUGGGUCCUACAUCGUCCAGACCACCAUCGCAGAGACGCCAGAUAUUACAGACAGUGUCGUUCUCACCGCCAUUGAGCUCGAUGUGGCGAAGGGCGUCAAUGCCAACGGGCUGGUCAGGUCUUUCAUGCCGCUGAUUGCGAGCUCUCUGAGUGAGAAGCGCUUCGGUGAGCUCGACACUGGCUACCUGACUUGGAGAGACGUCUGGGCCAUGAGCUUGAACUACUUCCACUACCCCGACUUUGAGAUCGCCGCUGCGCAGUACACCGAAGACAAAAAGCAAGCCUUCUCCAUCGGCGAGUUCCUUACCUUCCCUUCCGGCAACCUCGACAGCUCCUCCUACACCGGCUCAGCCUUGACCAUCACAGCCGAAACCGACUACAUCGUCUGCGACGGCUGGUGCCCCGGCAUCUACAAAGACCCCGCCGUUGACUACUUCGCCAACGCAUCGGCGCUGGUGCGCCAUUUAGUGCCAAACACGAGCCACAACAUCAAUUUCCACAAGAGUGCGCCGGAGACGUAUAAGUUUAUCUUGGACUUCUUGCGUGAGAACUUGUGA